AUGCGGAUUUUAAGAACAAGGCAGUAUGAGCUUGUGGAAGCAAAGGACAUCCCCGAACCAUUUCCGCCUUACGCCAUCUUGUCACACAUGUGGAUAUCGCCAAAGGAGGAAAUCACCUAUCAAGAUUUCAAGACAAGAAAGGAAGACAUUGCAAAUGAUGUCUAUAAGCAGACAGGAUGGGCAAAGCUGAAGAAAUACUGCGAUCGUGCGGCCAAGGAUGGUUGGGAUUGGGCUUGGAUGGAUACCUGCUGUAUUGAUAAAACGAACCCCGCAGACACCCAGGAAGCUAUCAACGCCAUGUUUCGAUGGUACCAGAAUGCUAGCAUUUGCUACGCGUACCUUAGCGAUGUGGAUGCCUAUGGUACCCUUGAUGAUGCUGGCUUGAUUGAGCCGGACCAUCCUAUGAAUGAGGAUCUUGAUGAGAUGCCCGGGAUGAUUCUAGUUCCUGGAGCGGAUAGUAAUGAUAUGCGCACGGCAGUGGGCCGUUUAGUGGUCAAGGCCAAGUGGUUUACGCGAGGCUGGACCUUGCAAGAACUCCUCGCCCCUCGCUACCUUGUUUUCAUGGACAGGAAUUGGCAUCGCAUUGGGACUCGAGAGAGUUGGGCUGCCGAAAUUAAAGAAGCCAGCCGGAUUGAGCCGAAGCAUUUAACUACAUUCAAGCCAACCGAUUUCACCUCAUGCUCCAUUGCGAUGAGGAUGUCCUGGGCCUCUUCUAGAUAUACAACCGUCGAGGAAGAUGAGACUUAUUCGUUACUGGGCCUCUUUGGAAUCAGCUUGCCACUCAUCUAUGGCGAGGGGCGGUGGCGGGCUUUCGAUCGACUGCAACGUGAGCUUAUCAUGGUAUACACCGACGACUCUAUUUUUGCGUGGAAAUUGAGUCAAGUGAACCAAGGGUUUAUUCGCCUACAAAGACAGGGGCAGAAACCUGGACUGGGAAUUCUGGCCCCUUCGAUUCGAGAGUUUCGAGAUGCUUCUCAGAUAGAAAGUUUUGGUUACUACGGCCAUAGCUUCGAAAUGAGCAACUUAGGCCUAAAAACAAAUGCCCGGCGUUGGAAAUGUCGUAACGAUCACACCAAGCUUCUCAUUCGUCUCAACUGCGGUCCUGAGCCAAGGGCACACACAGGCAUCAUGCUUCAGUACGCUGGUGAGGUAUUCGAGAGAGUUAUGGAUAGCGAACUCUAUAACUCGAAUCAUUUCGAGCGCAACAGAGAUUGGACAGAGGUACAAGACAAGGAGGGAAAGGAUAUCAUCAUCCGUGCGGGCAAUUUCCGUGGUCCAUUGACGGGUCCGUCAAUCUUUACGCUCAGAUAUCCAGAUGAGAUAACCGUUGGCUUGAAAUAUUUCGUGGACUUCAAUGUUCCUCUUAUGAGUAGGAAAUUGGAGAUUCUUGAUCAAUCAAGCCUUUUUGACCAUCUGCAACUUCAGGAAAAUGAGCUUCUUCUGCAGCCAAAUCAGCUGAUGUUUGCUAACAUUGAGCUACAAACUGGGGAGCAUCAUUCAAGGUGGAACGUGCUCAUAAAUAUUAAUGAGAAUGGAUUUCCAUCUGUCGGUAUCGCAAGUCAAGAAGAUAGAGGGAAGCAAUUGGGAGAUCCAUUGGGUGAGGCCUCACGGCAAUACCAGAAUUUGGCGGAAGACUUCCACCUCCAAGCUCAGUCAGAAGGCUGCCUUCCAUCGAUCGUGGAAACCAAGCAAGGUACCACUGUUAAUGUCCAUCUUUUCCCCAGACCACCCCGGGAACGUCCUUCCGAGACCACUAGAGACGGCGACUCGUAUAUUGAAUUGAGAGAGUAUACACUCAAGAUUCUUGUGAGCCAGAAUAGCCAACAAAGAACAGUUGUAUCUAAUGAGCAUAGGGGGAAGAGAAGGAAGACUUAA